CCAUACCAUACUAUACUAAUAAAUGUGUACAAAGGGGAUAAAGUUACAAAUAUUUCUUCAGUAGGUGUUUUGUUUUGAAGAGUCAGGCCGGAUGUUGUGUUGAUGUUUUAGUUUCGGUUCGGUCCUCCCGCUCUGUGGUCCGUGUGGCUCUCUGCAGUUCCCGGUCAUUCGUUCCGGUUCUGUCAGAAGCGACAGUUGUGACGUGUGUUGGAAAUGUCUGAGGAGAGUGAAGCUGUGUUCAGCGUCGUGCCUGAUGAUGAGGACUCAGGAGAGAAGUUCAAGAAAAGUGACCAGGUUGCUUUUUACAGGCGACAGAUGCAGGAUCCGAACCUGCAGCACCGAGCCCUGCUGGACACCAUGGUGCUCACAGAGAAGGGGGCGUGAUGUGAACUACUGGAGGCCAACACACAGGUGCAGUGUGGACAGGGGAUAACGUGGCCACUUGGGAGUAUCUGAAGAUCUCAAUCCCGAUGCUGCUGUCUCUCAGUGUGACAGGCGUGGGUUUUUGCGGAGCUGAUGUUGGCGGGUUGUCCAAUGAUCCAGAUCCCGAGCUGCUGGUAUCAGCUGCUGCCCUACUGGUACACUCUGUUCCACCAGGCUCACACCGCUGGGCUGCCUCCGAUCAGGCCUCUGUGGGUGGAGUUCCCCCGAGAACGAGGCACCUUCAGUGUGGACCACCAGCAUAUGAUAGGAGGCGCCCUGCUGGCCUGUCCCGUCACCGAUCCUGGAGUUCAGGAAGUCAAAGUGCUACUUCCUGGAUCUGAUGAGAUUUGGUUUGAUGUCCAAUCUGCGAUGGCGCACGAAGGAGGAAGGACCCUGAGUCUCCCUGUCACCCUGGACACGGUGCCUGUGUUCCAGCGAGGCGGCUCGGUGGUCAGCAGGUCGGCAGGAAGCAGCUACUGCACAGCCGACCUCCAGCUGCUUCCGACCUCCAUCACUGUGGCUCUGGACUCUCAGGGGGCUGCUGAUGGGGAGUUGUACCUGGACGACGGCCACUCUUUCAACUACCUCCACAGAAAGGCCUUCUGUCUGCGCAGGUUCAACAUGCUGUCAGGCCGGCUGCUCUGCCGGGCCGCCGGUGAAGAGGGAGCGUUUGACUGUGACACUCCGUCACCAUCCUGGGCUUGAAGAGCAAACCGACCGCCGUGACUGUGCACCAAUCAGGGUCCGAGGACACUCCUACUGAGUUUCAGUUCACGGAGACCUGCUGCAAACUGACCGUGAGCAGCCUGAGCCUCAGAGUGGUGACGGACUGGGAGAUCCACAUUCUGUAGGUUCACGGUGCUCGUGUCCGUCGAGAGGUGAGGAGGAGGA